AAAAACCCUGCUGUAAACCUGUGUUUAAAUGUUUAUUUUUACCACUGGAAAUGGUGGGGUUUGCCCCCUUUUCCCCUUUUAAACUCCUUUUCAGAGACGCUUGGAAAGAAAAUGUUGGUUUAAUCUGCUUUCUUGCAGAUGCAGAAAUCGAGGCUGAACAGUCAUUAAUUCGUUCUGAAUCCUCUUCCAAGUUCCAAGGCAAUUGUUUGUUUUUACCAAUUUCCUUCUUUUCUUAACUCUGAAUUAUAAACCGUUUUAUCUUUCCGCUUAAUUAUCUUUAGCCGCAUUUACUAUUUACAAUAAUUAACAGUGUCAUGUUUGGGCCACCGUAAAAACGCGUACCUGGAUAAAAUAAUGCGCAUGCGUGUUGUCGUCAUAACUUUUGAGUGAAAUAAAAAGGAAUGGGUUCACUCUCUCGAGCUCGAAUCGUCAAAUGUUGUUCACCUGGAAUUGGAAAGAAGAUAGGCCUUUGAAUCAAAUUAUCAGCUAGAGAUCUAUACACAUUCAGCUUAAAUCCUACUGAGGAAGAAUUUAAUUGAGGCCGAGUAUGGAGUGCCCGAGAAGCCAUGUAACCAUCUUGUUGGCUGUAUGUUUGAUCCUGCUGGGAUUAUUAAGUAGUGUUGUAUCAGCUGAAUGGCAAGGAGAUCUGUCAUCUUAUCACAUUGCUUCAUUCAGUAAUCCUCAUCCUCCUAGACCUCUCAAUGAUCCAUCAGGUAACCACAAUGCUAAAUUCAAUCAUUUCACUCUAUCUGGUCCUGAUGGAGCUGUGUAUGUUGGAGCUGUCAACUACUUAUACAGACUGGAUAGUUCAUUGAAUCUGCUACAGAAUGUUAGUACAUGUCAAGAACUAGGAGAGGAUAGGUGUGAUACAUUCACCAACUACAAUAAAAUCCUGAUAUUAGAUAAUCAGAAUCGGUUGAUUACAUGUGGAAGUGAGAAUGGAGGAAAGUGUCAGUUCAGGAAUCCAGAUGAUUUGACUGAUGUGUUGUUUCAACCAGACCCUGAUGUUGCUGGUUUUGGAGAGUUGUCUACUGUAAGUUUGAUUGCACCAGGAACUGAUGGACCAAUGGGACCAGGUCCAGAUGGAGGAGACUGGUUGUAUGUAGCUGUGACUUUUACUGCUGAGGUUGGGUAUAGAGAUAUCCCACCAGUCGGCAGAAGAAUCCUUAGUACAGACGGGUUGUUGAUAUCUCCAGCAGGCACAGCGUUUUCUUCAUCUGUUACAUUUCAUCGUACUAACACUCCAAUCGAUAUUGCAUAUGUUGCUGGUUUCUCAUAUGAUGGAUUCACAUACUUCAUCACUUCUCAAAAGGAGGAUUUUGGUUCCAAUGUCUUUGUUUCUAAAAUGAACAGAGUCUGUCAGACCAGUCUAACAUUUGACUCUUACACAGAAAUCACCCUACAAUGCCAAGGAUCAGAUGGUAGUGUGUACAGUUUGGUACAAGCUGCUCAUAUUGGCCCAGCAGGUCAGGAUCUUGCUGUAUCAUUAGGUUUGAAUGCUGAGGACAUGGUGUUGUAUGCUGUGUUUGCUAAGAAUGAAGGAGCUGAUGGGACUAGUGAUGUACCUAUUGAUCAGUCAGCAUUGUGUGUGUAUAAGAUGAGUGAUAUUUUAGAUGCCUUCAAGGAAGCAGUCAGGGGAUGUAUCCAAGAUGGAGAUGACUACUUAGUGAAGUACUUGGAAGGAUUCUUCUGUCCAUCAUUACCAGUUAAUCCAGAUAUGUUUCUGUGCCAUCCUUUUGAAGGGACCAACCAAGUAGUAUACAAGUAUGCUAAAGGCAUUGAUGUAGCAUCAUCCAUUGCUGUGCUGGAACUAUCAGACACUCUGAUGUCAUCCAUCAUUACAACUACUGAGAUGAACCACACUGUAGCUAUCAUUGGAACUAACUCCAAUGGGGAACUUUUAAAGGUUCACAUCCAAAGCAAGACCUCAGCCAGACUGUAUGAAAGAGUACACCUUGAUAUUACUGGAUCAGUUCUUAAAGAUGUCAAGAUUAAUGAUGCAACAAGAGAGAUGUACAUACUCACUGAACAAAAGUUUUUGAAGAUGCAUGUUGAGAACUGUGGUCAGUAUACAACGUGUGAGACGUGUAUUGGUACGGAUGCAGGGAUGGAUGGAGACCCAUACUGUGGCUGGUGUACUCUGCAAAGACAAUGCACCCUGUAUUCAGAAUGCAACAUGCCUGAUGUGUCUACCCGAUGGUUAGCCUACAAUACUGCACAGUGUAUUGAGAUAACCAAUGUGGAUCCUUAUAACAAUCUACCAAUCACUGUCACUGAACAACAGAUUACUGUGAGUGUAGAGCAGUUACCAGACUUACUGACCAACAUGACAUAUGAGUGUUGGUUUGGAUCCUACGUAUCUCAAGCUACAAAGACUAAUGAGGAUCUUAGAUGUGUCUCCCCACCUGGUAAUAGGAUACCACCAAUUCAACAAGGAGAUGAUGCUGUUCAGGUUACACUAAGCAUCCAUUCCAGUGAAACAUCAGUCAGUUUUGUGGAUACAAGUUUCUACUUCUAUGAAUGCUCCACUCAUACUUCUUGUGUAUCUUGUGUUGGUAGUCGAUGGGCCUGUGACUGGUGUGUGUUUGAGAAUAGAUGCACUCAUGAGAAUACCUCUUGCUCUGGAGACAAUGAAAUCAUCAUUACUGGGCAAAACAAUCCAGCUUUGUCUUCACCCAAGGGUCCGGAUUCCUGCCCUCAGCUGCUGGCUCAGAAUACUAAAGUCCUUCUUCCCAAUGGAAUUGAAAGAAGUUUACAAGUCAUGACUACAAAUCUACCUGAUCAGACCCAGACUUCUAGCUUUGAAUGUAGCUUUGAUAUCGAGGGAAUACAUCAGAGUACAACUGCUCAGCGUAAUGAUGAUACCAUCAUGUGUGACAUGAAAGCUUAUACCUACACUUCCACUGAUGAAGCAGAGCUGAUUGUGAAACUGACCAUUGAAUGGACAGACACCAGUAAUAACCCUCACAUUCUAGAUGACUUAUUCAACAAUAAUGCAACACUUUACAAGUGUGGAGCAUUGAAGCCAGAUUGUAGUCGGUGUGUUACUGCCAGGCCAGAGCUGGAGUGUGUUUGGUGUAAUGCUAUGUGUGAACUAAGAGAGUCUUGUACAACAGCGGAAGGAGAGUGGGUUACCCACAAUAAUAACGCCAACUGCCCUGAUCCAGUCCUCCAAGGGGUGUAUCCAUUGAGUGGACCAAUAGAAGGUAACACCAUAGUAUCUGUAAUGGGUACAGAUAUUGGCACAGGGUUCCAUACUGUAGUGAAUGUGAUGAUUGGAGACCAAGAAUGCCAUCUGGAUGGACUGGAAGCCUAUUAUGAAAUAGGCCACAGUGUAAGUUGCCUAACUCAAUCGCGAGUUAAAAGUGUGGUGCCGAUGUCUCUGACAGUCAGGGGAGGUGAUGGGACAACACUACAGGAAAGCAAAGGAAAUGUUAGCUUUGAAUAUAGGGUUCCAUCUAUUACAAGUUUCAGUCCUCGUUUUGGACCAGCAGCUGGUGGGACUCGUAUAACAAUCAACGGAAUGGCUCUAAAUACAGGACGGGAUAUUCAGGCAUUCAUUGGUGAUAAAGCUUGCAUUAUAACAAGCCCAGUAACAGAGACUGAAGCAGUCUGCACAAGCUCUGAGGGGUCUGUUGGGCAGACAGAAGUUCUCAAGAUGUCUUUUGAUGGAUCAAACAAAACAAGCAAAGUGUACACUUUCAGCAACAACCCUGUCAUUACUGAAGUCAGUCCAACCACCAGUAUAUAUUCUGGUGGUCGGGAGAUGGUUGUCAGAGGGACUCAUCUAGACACUGCCCAGAUGGCUUCACUUGUUGUUACAGUUGCUUCUCAAAUCACUAAGAGAUCUGUCAGCAGUGAGGGACCCAACAAUAUUGAGUUUGCGGAGAAUUGUGCUGUGGAAGGCUCAGAGUUCAUGCGUUGCUUCACACCGAAUAUAACAUCAGCCAUAAGCAGCUCUUUAUCUCGACUUAACGUGACUUUUGGCUUCAUUAUGGACGGUGUGAGUGACCUCUUAACAUGGUCAGAAGACAACGACGUUGACUUGGAGUUCUUUCCUGAUCCAGAGUAUGACGAGUUUGAAAACGGCUUGUUUGAGAAGAAUGGAGAGUUAUUGACGAUCAAGGGUGACCGAAUCAACAAUGCAAUCACUGAAUCAGAAAUCAUCGUUCAUGUUGGAGCAAUGAGAUGUGACGUAACCUUUAUUGAAGAAACAGGCCUUGGUUGUAUUUUACCUGAGGAGCAACCACCUGCUGGGGACUUCACCGGCCAAGACACAAAGAGAGGGCUUCCUGUGGUCUGGGUAACUCACAGCAAUCUAGAGUUCCGUAUAGGAUACGUUAAGUAUCCUGUAGAGUUGGUUCCAAUCGUACUCCCGUCAAUCAGUGGAGUCAUCGUGGUCUGCAUUCUCACUGUUGCCUUUUGCUUCUUAGCUCAGCUGUAUGGAUCCAGACGAGAAGCUAGACUCAUCCAGGAUGACAUGGUAACAUUAGAAGUGGAUCUGUCAGAUGAGAUCAAACAAGCCUUUGCUGAACUUCAGACAGACUUGACAGAUUUGACAAGUGACUUGCAUGGAAUUGGAAUGCCAUUUGUCAGUCACCGAGAGUACGCCAGUAAUAUGCUGUUCAUUGGGCAAGAGAGACCAGACACUCAGGAUAAAGAGUAUCCAGAUGAAAAUGUCCAGAAAGCAAUGAUGAAGUUUUCUCGUCUUCUUAGCAACAAGGCUUUCUUAAUUGUUCUGAUUCAAACGUUGGAUGCUGAGAGCCCCUCAAAGUUACCCAUUAGACAAAAGCAGUUGAUAGCAUCUCUGCUUACAGUGGUCAUGAUUCUGGAGAAUAAAAUGACGUACCUGACUGACAUCAUAAUUACUCUGAUGACGGAGCUCAUCCACACAGCCGCUGACCACAGCCGAACUAGACAACUCUUCCUCAGAAAUGAGAGUAUUUUAGAGAAGCUUCUAUCAAACUGGGUUGCUCUGUGCCUGUAUGAUCAACUUCAGAGUCACACUGCCUACCCUCUGUUUGUCUUGUACCGUGCCAUCAAACAUCGCACUGAGAGUGGUCCAGUUGAUGUCUUCACCGGAAGGUCAAGAUAUUCUCUCAACUUUGAGAAGAUGUUGGAGGAGGAUAUCGAGUUCAAUACCCUUAAUCUCAUCGUGCCCAUUGAUGAAGAAGGAAAUGUCAUCAAGGAAGUCAAGGUGCUAGACGUAGACACUAUCUCACAGGUCAAGGAGAAGAUCUUAGAUGCCAUUUAUUGCAGCACACCUUACUCUAGCAGACCCUGCACCAGCCAAGUCAACCUUGAAUGGCAUCAUGGCACCAAUGGUCGUCUCGUGUUGACAGACAUGGAUCUCAGACCACCAACUGACAAAUGGCGAAGAAUCAAUAUGCUAAAGGAAUUCCACGUUGGGGAUAAUGAUCAAAUGACGAUUGUAGAGAAGCAAGACAUUGCCAAUGCAACUCUUUCCAAACCUGUUCUUCAGUUCUCACAGGGAAAUGAGGCCAGUGCAUACGCUAAUGUUGGAGUUGAUGAUUUGGCUAGCCGUAAACGAUACAGCAAUCGCCUGGAUACCAUUGUAGAAGUUGAGCCAAUAAAAGGAAUCAAAGACUGGCAUCUGGUUCAAGAUGAAGACAACGGCUAUGAUGAUGAUGAUGAGGAAGGCAAGAAGAAAAGAUCCAGAGAUUGCUGCAGCAGGUUGAGAUCAGUCACCUUCAGAAAUAAGAUCACUCGCAGGAAGAUCAAAGAGAUCUCAUUUCCAAGACUCAUGUCAACAAAGGGAGUCAUUCAAAAGUAUGUUGAUGACAUGUUCAAUACCAUUCUAUCAGUGGAGAGCGCCCCCAAGGCCAUCAAGUACCUCUUUGACUUUUUUGACAGUCAGGCCAAUCGACAUGAACUGGAAGAAAGUGACCCGGAAAUCACACACAUCUGGAAGAGUAACAUUUUACCACUGCGCUUCUGGUCCAAUGCCAUCAAGCAUCCAGACUACAUCUUUGACAUCCGUGCUGGACGCUCCGUUGAGGCAAGCAUGGAUGUGAUUGGUCAGUUAUUCCAUGAUGUACAUGACACCAAGACGCAUAAACUCGGGCAGGAGUCCUCUGUGAAUAAGUUAUUGUACGGCAGAGAGAAGCAGAAUUACCAGCAUGUAGUAGAGGACUUCUAUAAUGAAGUUCGGGAUUUGCCUCAGGUGACCACCCAGGAGCUGAAUAAGGAGCUGUAUAAAGCCAGCGAGAAUUUCACUGGUCUGUUCAGCAAGUUGGACACUCUUGAACGGCUGUGGUAUAUUGUCAGCAAACACAAUCAAACGAUUCUGGAUGUUCUUGAGUCUGAACCAGAAUAUGAAGAAGCCCACCUUGGAUACCUUCUUGAGGAGGUGCAAGUCACUCUCUCCAGUGGGGAUGAGGCUUUGUAGAAGGGCAAAUGUACUCCACCCCCUUCCAGUACUCGUUUCUGUUAUGUAAUUAGUAGAAGCAAUCACACAAUGUGAAAAACUGGCUUGAAGAAAUAUGAAUUAUUUUGAUAGGUCUAUUCAUACUAUCACAUAUUUUAUCUUUAGUAGAUAAUAAAUGUCCAUCAGCAAUAAAAAACAUUUGUUUUACCCAUCCACUGAUGUGUGAUGUUUUGUAUGCUCAGUACUUUCCUUGGGAUGUGAACCCGUAACCUUUGCCAUUCCAGAGUAGAUGUCUUGCCAACUAGGCCACCGAGAUUGCUCAAUAGAAAGAGGUGGUGUUGAAAUCUGGACUUUUUAGAUCAACAACUACCAGAGUAAAAUGCAAAACUUUAAAAGUUCUACGUGAAAAUUCCAAUGUUCAAAAGUAAAACAUUCUUCCACACAGAAUUAAAAUCUGGGAAUAACAAAUACACCAGAGUGUGAUGAUUUUAAUGUUUUUAGCACUUUUUUUCUAUUUACAUGCAGACAAUGUAUUUUUUUUUUUACAUUCAUUAUAGAUUAAUUUUGAAAAAGAAAAUAUUAAAUGGCAAAACGAUAGC